AUGGACCUCCUCAAAGGUCCAAUCCGCGAAGGCAGUCGUGGCGGCCGCGACUUCAAAUGGUCUGACGUCAAAGACUCCAAAGACCGCGAAUACUACCUCGGCGUCUCCGUCAAAGCCCCCACAGGACGAUGGCAACAAAACCGUGACAUCCAAUGGUACUCCCGCGAUCAAUCCGAAAACUCUGCAGAAGCAGAAGCUCUACGUCGUGAACAACGUUUGGAAGAAAUUCGAAAGAUAAAGGAAGCUGAAAAUGAUGCUUUGAGCGCCGCUUUGGGGUUUAAGGUUGUUAGGAGGGUUGAUGAUGGUGCCGGUGGUUUGAGUCAGGGCGAGGUCGAUAGGGCUAUUAAAGAAGCUGGGGCGGGGGUUGAUGAACGGGAGGAAACGGGGAAUGAGAAGGGAAUUGGGUUUGGAAGGAUUGGAUUGGCGGCUUUGGGAGGCGCUGGUGGUGGGGGUGAUAGGGAGGUCAUGGCUGGGGAUAGUUCGAAAAAUGAUAGUGAAGUCAAAUGGAGACCUGCGCCUGCGCCAUCGAGGGACGCCGACAAGAGGGAUGGUAGGGACGACAGACGGAGGAGAGAUGACCGCGAGAAACCAUCGAGACAUCGUCAUCGGUCGAGGUCGAAGGAUAGGUAUAGAGAAAGGGACAGAGAAGGGGAAAGGGACAGACAUCGACGACACCGUUCAAGAUCAAGGUCUAGAGACCGUGAGAGAAGACAUGAAAGCGAUAGGCGACGACGAGAUCAAUCUAGAUCCCCGCGUAGACACGAUGACCGCAGAGACAAGAGAGAUCACGAUAGACGAGAUCGGGAUAGAGACGACCGACGGCGUCGUUGA